AUGGAAUUCCGCGUGGCCGUCACACCCUCCCCCAAGCUGAGCACACCCCAUGCACCCCAACAGAUCUGCGUUGCACAGAUGGGGAAAGGGAUGGACAAUCCUCCCCAGCCGCUGCUUUGCAAUUGGGCUCCAUGGGGGUGGGGGCUUCAGCCGGGCCUGGACCCACUUGGAGGGUGGGUGGCGGUGCUUCUCCAGGUUCUGCCAUGGGCUGAGGACUUGCGGCUAGGGGCCCCAGGUGACACCCCAGCCUGGGCCAUCAGUGUCCAGCCGGAGUCACUGUCAGACCUGGAGCUGAGUGAGGAGCAGUGGCUGCAGAUCUCCAAGGAGCUGGUCGACCUGCAGCUCACCAUCCAUCAACUUCGGGAGCAGCAUGAGGCCCAGAUCUUCGAGCUGAAGAGUGAGGUCCUGCGGCUGGAGAGCCGAGUGCUGGAGCUGGAGCUGCAUAGGGAACAGGGCAGCUGGGGACAGCACCAGGCACCAACACGGGGCCACUCUAAUGACCAAAGACUCCAGGAUGCCUUGAGGAGGCACCAGACACAGCCCAAGGACUUCAUGCCCCUGAAGUCCAGGCAACAGAAGCUGCAGAACCCUGUGAGUGUGCGGCCACCUGUCCCACGGGCUGCCCAGGUGUGUCACAGCCUUGGGGGCAGCAGUGCAGUGGGUGGGGAGCUUGGGUUCCAGUUCCACCACACCUGUGUGCCCACAGCAGCUGGGAGAAGCAGAGAGGGCACUGGAACUGCAGAGGGCUCAGCAGCAGGUGCUGGAGAUGCGUGUGUGAGUGACUACCUCACUGGAGACAGGGUGGGCAAGCAGCUGUUCCCAAGGGCCCUGGGCCGGCAGCUGCAGAGAGCCCAAGAGGAGGCCAGGGCAGCUGGGCAGCGAGUGGCCACACAAGCCCGGGUGCUGUCCGCCUGCCAGGGCCAGCUCCACCAGGCAGAGGCCAAGAACAGCCAGCUGCAGAUACAGCUCAAGAAACUGAAUGAGCAAUAUGUGAUCCGGCUGCAGCACUAUGCCCAGGACAUGGCAGACUAUGCAAAUGGUACAGGCCAGGCGCCAGCCACUGCACCCCUUCGGGCAUUCCUGGAGGCCACCCUGGAGGACAUCCGGGCUGCGCAUCGAAGCCGAGAGAAGCAGCUGGCCCGGGCUGCACGCACCUACCACAAGCGCCUGGCAGACCUGAGUUGUCGACAUAAGGAGCUGCUGGCCAUCCACAGGUGGGCCCCACCCAACAUCUGGGUGUGGCUUAGUGUGCAGCAGGCUCCAUCCCAAGUGUUGGCGGACCCCACCAUGGCCCCCUGGCCCUCCAAGGCUGUCCUUGAUGCAGCCACUUGGGACCUCAAGCGGAUGCCCAUGUACCUGGCUGCAGAGCUUGGCCCCCUGUGGGAGGAGAAGGCAAAGCUGGAGAUGCACCUCUGGAUGCUCCAGGCCCAGGUGACCCUCCCUGCUGCCCCACAUCAGCCUUGGGGUACAAAGCCCCAGAACUACCCAGGCCUCCUUCCAGCUCCACCAAGCCCAACCCUAGGGCCUUUGAGAGGCCUCCCUCAUUCAUCCAACCAGAAACCCCUCCUGCACAGCCUGGAUAUGAGCCCCCCACCAUUUACAGCAUGGGGGCCUGAGACGCUGCUCUUGUUCCCACAGAAGGGGCCCAGUGAAGCCUCCCUGGGGGCUUUGGAGCCACAGCAGCACCACCUCGAGGCUCAGGGAACGCAACCUGAACGGGGUCCCUGGUCAACACCUCAUGCCCACCCCACUCACAGGGGCCUGGACGCUGCAUCCUGGGCCCAGAUACACCAGAAGCUCCAGGACUUCUCCAGAGGCACCCAGGCUGAGCUGGAACAGGAGCGGGCACAGCUGCUGGUCCGGGCCACGGCAGCCGAGGCUCAGCUCUCUGAGCUACAAGAGUAUGUGGACCAGCACCUGAGCAGGUACAAGCAAGAGAUCCUGACGCUGAGAAAGCUGGUGGGAACAGGGGACCCCUCGAAAGUGGGGGCUGUGCCACCAGCCAAGCCCCCGCGCCCAAGGACCCACAACCGGUAA